AUGACCAGUAUACGUGUUGAUGGCGAUGGUGAUGAACAAGGUGUUGGUGAUGACAAUGGUCUUGCUCUGUGUGCUGCAGGUGUCAAGCGGGCCAGAAUAUCGGUAGAUGGCGACGGAGAUGACGAGGACGACGGCGACGAGGAUCGGUCGUCACCCAAGCGCGCCAACAGCAUCCGGUCCAGUAGGUCGGGUACGCCCCCCGAUCCGGACAGUGACCAACCCCUACCCCUAACUUCCCUCCACACGAGCGGGCCGCCGACACCCUCGCCGGAGACGGCGGGCAGCGGCGAGGACGGAGACCACCUGGGCUCUGAGGACGGCGAUGGCCCCCAGCACCAGCGGCUGACCCCGCCGCACCCGGGGCUGCCCUCGGGGCUGCCCUCGGGGCUGCCGGGGCUCACGCUGCCGGAGAACCUGUCCCUCAACCUGUCGCUGCCCAAGAAGGCACCCUCGUCGCACAGGGGCCGGCGCGAGAGGGAGCGGGAGCGGGAGAGGGAGCGGGAGCGGGAGAGGGAGCGGGAGCUGCGGCGGGAAGAGAUCCAGCACCACCACCUGCAGCAGCAGUUCAUGGCGUACCCGCAGCAGUACCAGCACUUCCAGCAGCAGCAGGCCUUCGUGCAGCAGCAGCUCAGCCACUCCAUGAUGCAGCAGCAACAGCAACAACAGCAGCAGCAACAACAACAGCAACAGCAGCAGCGGUCCCCGGUGGACGUGCUUCUGCGUGUGUUCCCGGGUCGGCGGCGCAGCGACGUGGAGGCGCUGCUGUCGCGCUGCCGCGGGGACGUGCUGCAGGCCAUGGACCUGAUGCUGUGCCUCGACCAGGAGGCCGUGGUGGCGGCCGCGGUGGACGCCGCCGAGACCAAGUCGGCCUUCUCGCCGCUGGCGCCGCCGCAGCGCUACAGCCCGCGCCGCUUCCUGGCCGCGCCCUACGCCGGCACCGGCUACCUGCCCACCGUCAUCCGGCCGCCGGGGCCCCUGGACUACGCCCUGCCCCUGCUGGGCGCACACGCCACGCACCACCACGACGUCAACAACGCGUCGUCGCCGGGCUCGGGCACGGGCUCGGACAAGACCAACUACUCGGAGUGAACGGGCUGCGUGCACUUCGUCGUCUUAUUCUGUGAUCGGGUACGUGACCGCCCGCCGGCGGGGAGCUCCGAGGGCGGGCGCCCGCACUCAAAUCAGCCCGGGCCGGCAGCCGGCCGCGGGGGUGGCCGUCGACUAGGUCAGUUCCUUGGCCGAGCAGCAGGCCGUUGAACCUCCGAAGGGGGCGAAAACUCGCCUGCGGACGCGGGCAGAGCCGCGCAGGCCAGGCUCCGCAAACCAAAGACAGGAAAUACGCAGGCAGACGUCCCCCACCGCCGUUCCCCGGCAGCUGCGUCUCAGAAAACCGAACGGCAAAACUUGAAAAGUGUUCUGCUGCGCGCGGGGCGGGGGCAGAGCAUACACGUCCCGCACUGCGUCGCGCUGCAGGAGGCAGGGCUCUCGAGCCUGAAUGGGGCACGGGCCGGGGUGUUCUUCAGAUAACGGAUCCCGUCCAAGGUUCCUUGAGGUCACUCGAGGAGCGAGCGAGCGAGCGAGCGAGCGAACAAGCCUUUUUGUAGCCACGGCGCGCGGGCUCGGUUCGGAUCCGUCCGACGCGCUCCUCCUCCUCCUCUGCCUCCCCUCCGCGGAGUGCUCACGGUGCUCACUUCCAGACCGUGGCGUAGCGCGCCUCCUCAAGGACCACUUCCGCCUCCUCGCGGCGGCCGCGGCCCGGGAGACAAAGGCCGAGCAUGAGCCUCUGGCGAAGCCUCUGGCCGGCGCGAUCGUGUGCCACCUGAGCACGCCGCGGGGCUGCUGCCGUCGCCAAGAAUUUUUCGACCACUUUGUGACCGCCCCGCUGCGCCCUGCUCGCCUCUCUCUCUCUCUCUCUCUCUCUCUCUCUCUCUCUCUCUCUCUCUCUCUCUCCUUCCAUUCAGCCGUUGAUGAUUCCGACGCGAUCCAAUAACGCUCCGCUCGACUAUUCGCAGCACGACGGAGCGCGCGGCGCGGCGCGGUUUGACGUGACCGGAGAAUCAAACGGAGCCGGCUCGCCACCGCGCCGUGGUGAACUAGUCUUGCGCGUUUUCAAGUGGCAUUUUAAUUUCUUCUUUAAUGCCACAAAAAGUACAAUACAAAAAAAAAUAAAUUGAAAGAGAGAAAGAGAGAAAAAGAUUAAAUGCGGCGUGCGAUUCAAUGGCAGACGUUGGAAAUACUGUUGCCUGGCUUGGCGUGCACCCCUUUGGUCCCGGCGCACAAUAGGCAGCGCGAGUACGUGACGGAGAGGCGCGAGUGGGGAUGCGUUUGUCAAUGAUACACCAAUACGAGGAGAAAACUCGCCCCCGGGAGAGGAGGACAAGGAGGAGUGACAGGAUGACGGGGGGGACGGGCUGGGACGGCUGCGGAUGAAUAAAUAAAUAGUUGAAUUCAAUGAACACUACUAUUAUAAUUGCUGUGAUCCUUUUAAAAGAGUA